AUGUUCCUUGCUGAGCGAUUCCUGGUCGGCUUGGAGCACAAGGCAUUCAAUGUCCACUCAACGCUGGUUGUUCAACUCUCCCCGGUCUUCGCUGCCAUGAUCAAUGGAAACAUGCUCGAGAGCGUUGAACGACGGGCCGUCUUGGACGACAUCGACGAGGCGACUUUUGUACGUUUCUGCGAAUAUGCCUACAAGGGCGACUUCUCGGUUCCGCCCCCCACGACUGUCGUCAUCGACAAGGAGCGUUCAUCGUCACCGCUGCGGGAGACAAUCGACCACAGCAAGGCCACGCCAGGCUACCAUGACGCCCUCUCUAGUGUUGCGCAGGUUGGAAAAGCGGGUGGCAACAGCGGCGAGAGAGAUGGGCUGGCAAUGUUUGCGGAAGGCCCUCGGCUGCCACCGGCCAUGCGAGAUAACCACCACGACGAGAAACCAUCGUGGAAGCAUCGGAUUUCUCGACCUGUUUCGUGGCUGAAGGGGCAUACGGUGGUUCGGAACUCGAACGCCCACACGGCAAGGGACACCCAGCUCAAUAAUAACAGUCUCCUCCUUUCCAAACCCCCCGUGCCAGGCUCGAAGUUGGCGACGGACUGGGCUAAAUUCUGCAGCGGGGAUACUGCGGCAGACUGGAAGGGCCCGGUCUUCCAACCGUACCGCAACCGCACGUCCUCGGAAAGCCUGGCGGAGACCCUCCUGUCCCAGGCACGACUGUACGUCUUCGCCGACCGGUACGUCGUGGAAUCACUCCGGCUGCGGGUCCUGUACAAGAUGCGCCGCAGCUUGGCCUCGCUCAAACUAUUUCCCGAACGGGUGCCAGAGGUCUUCGGCCUCGUGCAGUACGUCUACGAGAACACAAGAGAAGGCGACGACCUCAGGCUACUACUGACGCAUUUCGCCGCCUGCAAGGUCACCGCGCUUCUGGAACACCCCGACUGGGAGCAGUUCAUUGGCGAGCAGCGCACCUUCACCUGGGAUCUGCUGCAACAUCUGAGGGAGAGUGUGGAGGUGGUUGAGAAGGCGAGGGCGGGUCCCGCCACAUGA